UGGCGGUAAGGUCAGUCCAGACACGGUCGUACCGCCGUACCGCCGUCUACUGCGUUGUUUUCUUGUUCGUGUUGUUUAUUCGUGAUCGUUAAUCUGUGCCGGGCGCGCAAAAAUCAAAAAGCUCCCACUGGAAAAUUGGACGUUUUUCGGCGAUUAACCCUUUUUUUACCGAAAACGAAUUGGUACCUUGACUUGAGUGGUUUCUUUGUGUAUUUUGGUGAUAGCACUAUCGUAAAGGAUGUUGGUCUCAACAGUCCUUCUUCUUUUGGCCCUUUCAACGUCAGAUGUUUUUGGAAAUAAACUGAACGUAGCUUAUCAAUGGAAGACCGUGGAGUUCGAAUUCCCAUCCUACGAGUCCAAAUUAGCUGCCAUUUCGUCGAAAAAAUUCAUUCAAGACAAUCAUCUUCCGCUAGGUUUGGAGGUUUAUGGAAAGAGAUUAUUUGUAACUUUGCCUAGAUGGAAAUAUGGAACCGCUGCUUCUCUGGCUUACAUUGAUAUGAACGAAGCACCCAAGGAUUCACCUAAGCUGAAACCCUAUCCUAACUGGACUGCCCACGCCCUUUAUGGUGGUGUACCGGAAAUAAUAUCUCCCUUUAGAAUCAGAGCAGAUCAGUGCGGUAGAUUAUGGGUUCUGGAUACUGGUAUAGAGGGACUCCUAGAAACGGAAGAGAAAGUUGGCGACGAAAAAUGGUUCAAGAACACAAGUUUAUUAGUUUAUGAUCUGACCAAUGAUGCUCUUUUAAGAACAUACGAAAUUCCUGCGGAACAGAAAACAGAAGAUUCCUUCUUCGCUAAUAUUGCAGUAGAGGAUGAAGAUUGUCAUAAUUCUUAUGCCUACUUAGCCGAUUUAGGUGGUCCCGGAUUAGUAGUGUAUUCCUGGAAAAACAACAAGAGUUGGAAAGUAACUCACAACUUUUUCCACAUCAACCCAUUGGCUGGUGACAUGAACGUUGCUGGUAUCCCGUUCCAAUGGACUGACGGAGUUUUUGGAUUAGCUUUAAGGCCCGAAAAAGAUGGUUAUAGCACUCUCUUUUUCCAUCCCAUGACUGGGUUUGAUGAGUUCUCAGUUAGUACUCGAGUACUGCGAGACGAAUCUUUAGCCACCAAUUCCAGCAAGUACUACGAGUUUAAACACCUAGGCAGUCGAGGUCCCAAAAGUCAAAGUGGCGCAGCAUUUGUAGACAAGAAAACAGGGGUACUGUUUUACGCUCUGGUCAACCUUAACGCUGUUGCUUGCUGGCGUACUACAAACCCCAAGUACACCAUGGAAUCCCAAGGAAGAAUUUAUAUGGACAACGAAACCAUGAUCUUCCCUAACGACGUAAAAGUCGAUAAUGAAGGAAAUCUGUGGGUACUGUCUGAUCGUUUGCCUAUAUUUAUGUACAGUGCUCUGGACAAGAAUGAUUACAACUUCAGAAUAAUGACAGCUAAAGUACCCGAUGCCAUUAAAGGUACUGCAUGUGCUGCCAAGUUUAGUCCUGAUCCAGAAAUAAUGAAUAAAAUUACCAAUAAGUUAGGAGGAGGAGAUAAAAUCAAAUCCAGAACUUCCGGAUCUGCAAGUGCAUUCACCUUUAAUGUGAUUGUAUUAACAGCAGGGUUAAUAUUAUCGUUAACCAGGUAGUUUAAUAAAAUGACUGUGAAGGAGUCAAAGCUGUUAUAAUCUUCAUUGUGACGUUACGUGAUAUACUAUACUCGGCCUUUUGUUUUACAAUUCCAUUAGACGAAUUUAAAUCUUAAAUUAUUUAUUGACAAAAACAUAAAUAAAAAAGGUUCGUUGCUUAUUAAGUUAAUUUAAAAAAAAUGGAUACUGAAAUAAUGUGUCUCUCCAACGAAUCAGGAAUUUUGACAGACGACAUCAAAACAUAUAAUUUACCAUUGAAUUAAAAUGGCUGACAGAACUGUCUCUGUGAUUUAUCCUCUCACUGAACAGACUAUACCAUUUUGGUCAUCUUGAAAGCGUGGUCCUGAGUUUAACAUGUAUGACAGUGAUGACAAUCAAAUAAAUGUAUUAAAAAGAGAUAAAAGUUAGGUUGACACAUUUCUUCUAUUCGGUAUUGCCGGAUUUUCAUUUCUGCAUCAAAAUCUUAAACCGCACAAGUAGGCGUUUAUGAAAAAUGUUGCAUCUAGGAUUGAAAAUAUAUUUGUCACAAUUAGUUACUCGUUUUACACAGCAAAAUAUUAUAUUUAGUAUUCAUGGAACUUUUUAAAAUAGUUUAUUUUUUCUACACACAUUUUCUUACCCAGGUAAAAACCGACAACAUUGUGUGCCGUUUUUCAUCUUUUGUCUCUCUGUCUGUCAACCGGUCAUUUAUCUCUCUGCCGCAUGCGUUAAAAUACAGACCACGCAAGUGUCCUGGAUGGUAUAUGAUAGAAUUAUACCGUAUGAUCGAAAAAAAACGGCGUCCAGUUGGCUGGGAAAUGAACAUCAAUGACAUUUCCCAUAUA